CUCUAACGGGCCACUGCGGAAAGGUGAUGGCGGCGAAGUUUCUUGGCGAGCCUUCAAAAGUAGUUACUGGCAGUUACGAUCGUACCCUAAAAAUUUGGGACCUGCGUAGCAGAGCGUGCAUAGAAACAAAAUUUGCUGGCUCUAGUUGCAACGAUCUCGUGACUUCCGAUGGGGCUGGUUCAACGAUAAUUAGCGGCCAUUUCGAUCAGAGAAUCCGAUUCUGGGAUACCAGAGCCGAAUCCAGUUCGAACGACAUUCUUCUAGAGGGAAAAGUAACAUCCCUGGAUCUAUCACGAGAUGCAAAUUAUCUUUUGAGCUGUGUCAGGGACGAUACGUUGAAACUCAUUGACCUGCGGAUGAAGAAGAUCAUCGGAUCGUUCAGUGCUGAUGGCUUCAAAGUCGGUUUCGAUUGGACACGAGCAACUUUCAGUCCCGAUGGACAAUACAUAGCAGUGGGAUCGUCCGAUGGGUCCGUUUUCAUUUGGUCCGUCGCCACAAACACGAUCGAAACUGUCCUGAAAAAUCACUCAAAAAUGUUCCAGAAAGAGUGCAAGGUGAACCACUUUACAUUACAGUAUGGAACAACGCUUUUGUUGCCCGCUGUAUAGGAAAAU